UGAGAUGGGUGGGUUUAUAGAGGAGCGCCCAAUCCUGAGGUGCGGGGGAGGCAGGGUUGAGGGAAUUACUCCCCGCUGUCCAAUGAGAGGGAAGUGGAGAUGAUGGGCUGGACCUCAAGCCAAUAGUAGAGCAGCACAGACAUUCCCCCUAGAAGAACUCGACCAGUGAGCAGGCGAGGAAGGGGCGGGAGCCGGGGUCCCGGCAGCUUCUAGUAGGUUCCAGAAGGCGGCGCGUGCGGUUGGGAACGCGGAGCGGACGGAUUCGAUUCAACGGGCUUCCGGACCGCGCUUCGCUAUGGAGCAGGUCAAUGAGCUGAAGGAGAAAGGCAACAAGGCCCUGAGCGUGGGUAACAUCGAUGAUGCCUUACAGUGCUACUCCGAAGCUAUUAAGCUGGAUCCCCACAACCACGUGCUGUACAGCAACCGUUCUGCUGCCUAUGCCAAGAAAGGAGACUACCAGAAGGCUUACGAGGAUGGCUGCAAGACUGUCGACCUAAAGCCUGACUGGGGCAAGGGCUAUUCACGAAAAGCAGCAGCCCUAGAGUUCUUAAACCGCUUUGAAGAAGCCAAGCGAACCUAUGAGGAGGGCUUAAAACACGAGGCAAAUAACCCUCAACUGAAAGAGGGUUUACAGAAUAUGGAGGCCAGGUUGGCAGAGAGAAAAUUCAUGAACCCUUUCAACAUGCCUAAUCUGUAUCAGAAGUUGGAGAGUGAUCCCAGGACAAGGACACUACUCAGUGAUCCUACCUACCGGGAGCUGAUAGAGCAGCUACGAAACAAGCCUUCUGACCUGGGCACGAAACUACAAGAUCCCCGGAUCAUGACCACUCUCAGCGUCCUCCUUGGGGUCGAUCUGGGCAGUAUGGAUGAGGAGGAAGAGAUUGCAACACCUCCACCACCACCCCCUCCCAAAAAGGAGACCAAGCCAGAGCCAAUGGAAGAAGAUCUUCCAGAGAAUAAGAAGCAGGCACUGAAAGAAAAAGAGCUGGGGAACGAUGCCUACAAGAAGAAAGACUUUGACACAGCCUUGAAGCAUUACGACAAAGCCAAGGAGCUGGACCCCACCAACAUGACUUACAUUACCAAUCAAGCAGCGGUAUACUUUGAAAAGGGCGACUACAAUAAGUGCCGGGAGCUUUGUGAGAAGGCCAUUGAAGUGGGGAGAGAAAACCGAGAAGACUAUCGACAGAUUGCCAAAGCAUAUGCUCGAAUUGGCAACUCCUACUUCAAAGAAGAAAAGUACAAGGAUGCCAUCCAUUUCUAUAACAAGUCUCUGGCAGAGCAUCGAACCCCAGAUGUGCUCAAGAAAUGCCAGCAGGCAGAGAAAAUCCUGAAGGAGCAAGAGCGGCUGGCCUACAUAAACCCCGACCUGGCUUUGGAGGAGAAGAACAAAGGCAACGAGUGUUUUCAGAAAGGGGACUAUCCCCAGGCCAUGAAGCAUUAUACAGAAGCCAUCAAAAGGAACCCGAAAGAUGCCAAAUUAUACAGCAAUCGAGCUGCCUGCUACACCAAACUCCUGGAGUUCCAGCUGGCACUCAAGGACUGUGAGGAAUGUAUCCGGCUGGAGCCGACCUUCAUCAAGGGUUAUACACGGAAAGCCGCUGCGCUGGAAGCGAUGAAGGACUACACCAAAGCCAUGGAUGUGUACCAGAAGGCGCUAGACCUGGACUCCAGCUGUAAGGAGGCGGCAGACGGCUACCAGCGCUGUAUGAUGGCGCAGUACAACCGGCACGACAGCCCCGAAGAUGUGAAGCGACGAGCCAUGGCCGACCCUGAGGUGCAGCAGAUCAUGAGUGACCCAGCCAUGCGCCUUAUCCUGGAACAGAUGCAGAAGGACCCCCAGGCACUCAGCGAACACUUAAAGAAUCCUGUAAUAGCACAGAAGAUCCAGAAGCUGAUGGAUGUGGGUCUGAUUGCAAUUCGGUGAUGACUUGUUCAUCCCCCCUUCCCUUCGCCCUCAUGUGGAAAGAGGAGCUGGGACCGCGGCGAGCAGCACGGAGCGGAAGGGAGAGCAGGGGAGAAAAGGCCUCAUCUCUCUAUAUUUAUACAUAACCCCGGGGAAGACACAGAGACUCGUACCUGCGCUGUUUGUGCCGCCGCUGCCUCUGGGCCCUCCCAGCACAUGCAUGGUCUCUUCACCGCUGCCCUCGAGUUCCGUGUCUCCUUCCCCUGCCCCGAGUUGCUGUCUCGGCUGCUCUCCCAUAGUUGGUUUUUUUUUUAUUUGGGGCAGUGGGCAUGUUAUGGGGAGGGGAGGGGGUUCUUCCAGCCUCAGGUCCCAGCUGUCUCACGUUGUUUAUUCUGCGUCCCCUUCUACAAUAAAACAAGCCAGUUGGGCGUGGUUA